GGAGCUGGGGUCUUCCUAGGCUAGACCAAUCCUUUUCUGCCCUCACCCACGCUGCGCCAGCACUUGUUUCUCCAAAGCCACCCGGCUUUCCUGCGCGUUCAGGGGAGGGGAGAAAAGGAAAGGGGAGGGGAGGGAGAAAGGAGGUGGGAAGGCAAGGAGGCAGGCCCGGCGGGGGCGGGACCCGACUAGCAAACUGUUGCAUUUGCUCUCCACCUCCCAGCGCCCCCUCCGAGAUCCCGGGGAGCCAGUGUGCUGCGAGCGCCGGAGGGUCCGGAGCAAUCCUGGAGGCAGAGCCAGCGACGGAGGGAAAGCGAACGAGCUCGCUGCUUCCGUGCGGGACAGGAGCCUAAGGGACGCACCGCGUCAACCCCAGCGGGCUCUGGCGACAGCCAACGCCUCUUGCACCGCGGCGGCUUCGAAGUCGCCGCCCCGGAGCUGCCCUUUCUUCUUCGGUGAAGUUUUUAAAAGCUGCUAGAGACUCGGAGGAAAGAAGGAAAGUGUCGGGUAGGACUGACCGGCUGCCUUUGUCCUCCUCCCCUCCCCCUGCCCCCCCCCCCAGGGUCUCCUCUACAGCUGCUGCCUCUGUCUGUUCCUCUCAGCCCCCUCAACCUCCCCCGCCCCCCGCUUCCAGUCAGUCCCGCGCGGCCAGCCCGAGUUUGCAGAGAGGUAACUCCCUUUGGCUGCGAGCGGGUGAGCUAGCUGCACGUUGCAAAGACGGCUCUGGGGUGCCAGGAGACCUGGGAGCCGCUUCAGUGCUGCAGCCAGAUUCUGGCUGGUUAGGCGGUACGCAGGUCAGAGCCCGUGGUUCCUCGUACUCCCUUUCCACCUCCCCUGCACGCUGCUCCUCCUUCCCACCGGUUUGUGGGGCCAGAGGUCAAACGAUGAAGAGGCAGUCAGGACUUCAGUAGCCACCCUCCCCACAAAAAAAAAAAAAAAAAAAAAGAAAGAAAAAAAGAAAAGAGACCAAACAUAACAAAGCCCCAACCAAAACCAAACAAACGAAACCCAACAGCAAAACCCAAAAUAAACCAAAAAGAAAAUAACCAGGCUCCUAUUUGCACCUGCUUCAGUGGAUAACAAAAUCAGAAGGCGGAGGGUCCCCCCUCCCUUCAAGAAGCAUCUUUUGAAUCUACCCUACAAGUAUUCAGGAACAGAUUGUGAGCCUACCAGGGAAGAUCGUGUCCAGCGCGUGUUUCCUCUGCACUAGACUUUGAGACUGUCAGAACGCUUUGGAGUGAUUAUUCCUGCAAGUUUCCUUACCAGGAGCUUCCCGCAGGUGGGCAACUAGCUGCAGCAACUACGCACUGCAGCCUGUUGAACUCUUCUCAGCAAGAAAGGGGGAGCAGGAUAAAGGAAUUAGGUAAAAGAUUGAGCCAAGCUUCAGGAUGGAAGUGCAGUUAGGGCUGGGAAGGGUCUACCCCCGGCCACCGUCCAAGACCUAUCGAGGAGCUUUCCAGAACCUGUUUCAGAGUGUAUGCGAAGUGAUUCAGACCCCGCUCCCCCGGCACCCUGAGGCCUCGAGCGCAGCACCUCCCGGCGCCCGUUUGCAGCAGCAGCAGGAGACCAGUCCACGGCAGCAGCAGCAACAGCAGCAGCAGAGAGAGGAUGGCUCUCCGCAAGUCCAGAGCAGAGGCCCCACAGGCUACCUGGCCCUGGAAGAGGAACAGCAGCCUUCACAACAUCACUCAGCCCCCGAGGGUCACCCGGAGAGUGGCUGCGUCCCAGAGCCCAGAGCUGCCUCGGCUGCCGGCAAGGGGCUGCAGCAGCCGCCGCCAGCACCUCUGGAUGAGGAUGACUCAGCUGCCCCAUCCACGUUGUCCCUGCUGGGCCCCACUUUCCCCGGCUUAAGCAGCUGCUCCACCGAUCUUAAAGACAUCCUGAGCGAGGCCGGCACCAUGCAACUUCUUCAGCAGCAGCAACAGCAGCAGCAGGAGGCGGUAUCCGAAGGCAGCAGCGGGAGAGCGAGGGAGGCCACUGGGGCUCCCAUCUCCUCCAAGGACAGUUACCUAGGAGGCAGUUCGACCAUCUCGGACAGCGCCAAGGAGUUGUGUAAGGCAGUGUCGGUGUCCAUGGGCUUGGGUGUGGAGGCAUUGGAGCAUCUGAGUCCUGGGGAGCAGCUUCGGGGGGAUUGCAUGUACGCCCCGCUCCUGGGAGGUCCACCAGCCGCGGUGCGUCCCACUCCUUGUGCCCCGUUGGCUGAAUGCAAAGGUUCUCUGCUGGAUGAUGGCCCCAGCAAGGGCACUGAAGAGACUGCUGAGUAUUCCCCUUUCAAGGCAGGUUACACCAAAGCUCUGGACACUGAGAGCCUGGGCUGCUCUGGCAGCGGCGAAGCGGGGGGCUCUGGAACACUUGAGCUGCCAUCCACCCUGUCUCUCUACAAGUCUGGAGCACUGGACGAGGUAGCAGCUUAUCAGACUCGCGACUACUACAACUUUCCGCUAGCCCUGGCCGGGCAGCCGCCCCCUCCACCGCCUCCCCAUCCUCAUGCCCGCAUUAAGCUGGAGAACCCGCUGGACUACGGCAGCGCCUGGGCGGCCGCUGCAGCGCAAUGCCGCUAUGGGGACCUGGCGAGCCUGCAUGGCGGGGGUGCAGCCGGACCGGGCUCAGGCUCACCCUCAGCCGCCGCCUCCUCUUCCUGGCACACUCUCUUCGCGGCAGAAGAAGGCCAGCUCUAUGGGCCAGCAGUCUGUGGCGGAGGCGGGGGCGGCAGCGCAGGCGAGGCAGGGGCUGUAGCCCCAUAUGGCUACACUCGGCCACCUCAGGGGCUGGCUGGCCAAGAAGGCGACUUCUCCCCACCCGAUGUGUGGUAUCCCGGCGGCGUGGUGAGCAGAGUGCCCUAUCCAAGUCCCAGCUGUGUCAAAAGCGAAAUGGGCCCCUGGAUGGAGAACUAUUCUGGACCUUAUGGGGACAUGCGUUUGGAGACCACCAGGGACCAUGUUCUGCCCAUCGACUAUUACUUUCCACCCCAGAAGACCUGCCUGAUUUGUGGGGAUGAAGCUUCUGGCUGUCACUAUGGAGCUCUCACUUGUGGAAGCUGCAAAGUCUUUUUUAAAAGAGCCGCUGAAGGAAAACAGAAGUACCUGUGUGCCAGCAGAAAUGAUUGUACCAUUGAUAAAUUCCGAAGAAAAAAUUGUCCAUCUUGUCGUCUCCGGAAAUGCUAUGAAGCAGGGAUGACUCUGGGAGCCCGGAAACUGAAGAAACUUGGGAAUCUGAAGCUACAGGAGGAAGGGGAGGCUUCCAAUGCCACCAGCCCCACUGAGGAACCAGCCCAGAAGCUGACAGUGUCACAUAUUGAAGGCUAUGAGUGUCAGCCCAUCUUUCUGAAUGUCCUGGAAGCCAUUGAGCCAGGGGUGGUGUGUGCUGGACAUGACAACAACCAGCCUGACUCCUUCGCAGCUUUACUCUCUAGCCUCAAUGAACUGGGCGAAAGACAGCUUGUACAUGUGGUCAAGUGGGCCAAGGCCUUGCCUGGCUUCCGCAACUUGCACGUGGACGACCAGAUGGCAGUCAUUCAGUACUCCUGGAUGGGGCUUAUGGUGUUUGCCAUGGGCUGGCGGUCCUUCACCAACGUCAACUCCAGGAUGCUCUACUUUGCCCCUGACCUGGUUUUCAAUGAGUACCGCAUGCACAAGUCCCGGAUGUACAGCCAGUGUGUCCGAAUGAGGCACCUCUCCCAAGAAUUUGGAUGGCUCCAAAUCACCCCCCAGGAAUUCCUGUGCAUGAAGGCACUGCUGCUCUUUAGCAUUAUUCCAGUGGAUGGGCUGAAAAAUCAAAAAUUCUUUGAUGAACUUCGAAUGAACUACAUCAAGGAACUUGAUCGUAUCAUUGCAUGCAAGAGAAAAAAUCCCACAUCCUGCUCAAGGCGCUUCUACCAGCUCACCAAGCUCCUGGACUCUGUGCAGCCUAUUGCACGAGAGCUGCAUCAGUUCACUUUUGACCUGCUAAUCAAGUCUCACAUGGUGAGCGUGGACUUUCCAGAAAUGAUGGCAGAGAUCAUCUCUGUGCAAGUGCCCAAGAUCCUUUCCGGGAAAGUCAAGCCUAUCUAUUUUCACACUCAGUGAAGCUUUGGAAGCCUCCAUUUUCUUACCCCACCUCACUCCCUUUUUCAGAUAUCUUCUGCCUGUUUUAACUCUGCACUACUUCUCUGCAGUGCCUUGGGGAAUUUCCUCUAUUUAUGUACAGUCUGUCAUGAAGAUGUUCUUGAAUUCUAUUUGCUGGGCUUUUUUUUUUUUUCUCUUUUCCUCCUUUCUUUUCUAUCUCUCCCUAUCUGACUCUCCCAUGGCACUUUCAGACUGUACUCCCUGCUGUGGCUCUUAUCUGUGUUUUGAAUGCUGUUGUAUUUCUUUAAAUCUGUGAUGAUCCUCAUGUGGCACAGUGUCAAGUUGUGCUUGUUUAUAGCACUGUGCUGUGUGCCAGCUACACAAACGUUUACUCACCUAAUGCCACGUGAAGUUUAGAGAGCUAAGAGUAUCUGGGAAAACAAAAGACAAACAAACAAACAAAAAACACAUUAGGGUUUUUCCCUCUUAAAAAUAUUAAAACAAACAGAUUACCAAAGAGGCCAACAGUAACUAGAAUAAGGUGAAAAUUGCAAGCCCAUGGGGUGUCACUGCUUUUUUUCCCCAAACCCUCUCUCCCUGGGAGACUUUAUUUUCUGCCAACGGCUAUUGCCAUUAGAGGGCAGGGUGACCCCAGAACUGAGGUAGAUGGGGGGUAGAUUUAAGAUAAGACAGAUGGAUUACCAGUACCUGCCCACAGCCUUGGCCCCUGAGAGCUAGGCUGUUCAACUGCAGCACAAUUCAUGGUACUGAAAAAUGUGCUUCAUGUUUGAAAACCUGUCUGUUGAGAAUGCCUCCCCACACCAGUCCCUUUUCUUUCGCAUCCUCUGCCUCCACCCUCAAAUUGACUUUCAAUAUCUUUUCUAAGAGCUUUGAACUGAAUGUUCUCUUUAGCCAAAACUUGGCCACUUCCACUGAAGAAUCAGACCAGCAAGAGGGAGAGGGAGAUCUGACCUUUUGUAAGGCCCCAUUCUGAUCCAGGUCUGCUUUCCCAUUUGUGGCCCAGGGAGGAGCCUGGGGCUAGAGUCAAAGGAAAAGGAAGUGGUGGCUUGACUGUUCUCCUGCUUAGGACACUGAAGAUUUGAUCCUUCUUUGCCUCUACCUUUAAGAGACCUGAAUGUUUUCUGCCUGACUCCAUGCAGCUGCAAGCAUUGUCCAUCCUCCCUUCUGUGUUUUGUGGGCCUGAGCUUCACCAGACGUCAUUACAGCCACAGUGGUGAAACUUGUCCACUCCUUGGGCACGUUCAGACUCUCUGCUAAGAACUCCCAUCCCCAAGAAGGCUAGCAAGUCAGCAGUCUUGAUGUCUAUCUCUAGAUGCCAGUAGGCUCAAAGACUUCUUACCAUAUGUCUCUCAUCAACUGAACUCUCAGAACUCUGGAGACCUUAAACAAACUGGAAAGAAGGCAUCAAUGGGAUUGGACAAGCUGGGCGUCUUGCCCUUGUCCCCCAGAGAUAACACCUUCCCACCAAGUGAAGAAUUCCCACUUCCUCCUUCAGAGCAGCUAAAGGGGCUACCCAGAUCUGUGUUGAAGAGAAAACUCUGUUACCAAGGUGAGAAAAAUGAAGGCACUAGAACCGGAAAUCCUGUAAAUGCUCUCCUUUCCAUCCAACAUAUCCACCUCCAGAAGUAAGGGGAAGAAGAGAGAAGAAAUCAAGAUAAUACUAACUAAUAAAUUAAAAGUUUUCAGAAGGAAAGUCUAAAGCCAGAUGGGCACCAUCUGGUGAGUUUAUUCACCAUCCUUCUCUGCUGCUGAUUCUGGGCUCUAACGUUGGCCAUACUCACUCAGCCACCUUUGUUGCUGCCUCUCGGCCACAGGAAGCUGAAAUAUUGAAACUACCAAACCAUGGCCUCCUUUGGAAAGGUCUGGUUGGUGUGACUCUGAUGGGCUGCCACCUAUGAACUUGGUGUACUCCUGGGACACUGGUUUCAUAUAGUCCUUUGGCACUCCUUUGUUCUGUUGACUUUGUCCCCCAGUCACGAGUACUGGGGAAUGCCUACCUACUUUCUCAUCUUGGCCACUGCCUCUUCACAUAGCUCUUAAAUUCAUCUGCUAAACAACAAAUUAGAGGCCAGUCACCAAGCUGCCCAUUUCAGCUAGUUCACUCUACUUGUUGUUGAGAAGAUAGUUUCUGAGUGACAUGAUAUGAUCUACAUGGGUUUCCUCCCCUGAUUUCUGCUGAUAUUAAUAGCCAAAUGAACCUGCAAAACAGCUUCUUUAAAUAACAAGGGAGAGGGGAACUUAAGAUGUGUGUUAUACCAAUCCAAGUCUGCUGGACAAAUCUAAAGCUGACAGGUUCUCUUUAUAAGGUAGGAUAGAACAAUUCUGUUUUUCUUUGUUAUGACACCAUUUGGCUUAUAUAGGCUUACAGGAUCACUUUUAGCUGUUUUAAAGAGAAAAAAAUCCACCACUCUAUUCAUUUAAACUAGGUUACUUUUUAAUAGUUCCUUUACAUAUGUUUUGAAAUGAUCCUCAUCUUUUGUGGUACAUGGAUUUGAGUAUAUCAUUCUAAUACCUCUCCUUGUAAAUACUAGAUGCUCUCCUUUCCAUUUCUCUGGCUAUCAAGGUUUUCAUCUUUAUAGAUUUCCCAAUCGUGACUCUUGUCUUUAUGAGUAUAUGUUUUUCACUUGUGAAAGCCAAAAAUCAGAAAUGGCAGUGUAAUUAAAAACAGAAACAACUAGAUUACUCUGAACUCCCAAAUGGCAAGACUAGGAGAAAAUGGCCUAAACAAAUAUUUAGGUGUACUGUUUUUGCACUGGGGUUUCAGUGAGCAAAAGAGAUUUUAGCUUAGCUUUGUCUCCCACAGAUGAAAGGGGGAUUUUUUUUUUCUUUUGGCCAUUGUUGUUCCAGCCAGCAUAAUUGACAGAAGUCUCAUUUUGCAUGCACUCUGCUCUACAAGCAGAGUUAAUACGGUUGGUACACUGUGCUCACCUUUGAAGGACUGGCCACCCACACCCAUUCACCUGGUGAGCUUAAAGAUGAGGAUCACUCACCAGACAAGCCAUGGAGACUAUCCCCAAAAAGGUUUGCAGUGCUCAAUGGGGAUGGAGAGUGAGGAAGAGAAAAAGAAGGAGCACCAGGGAGAAAGUCUCAUCUGUGCUGGGCAGCAGACAGCUGCCAGGUUCAUAAAUUCUGUGGUCAAGGAAAAGAGUCGUGUGGCAGUUUCAGCUCUUGCUCAUUGGGCAGCUUGCCCAGGCCUGGCCUCUGAGUUGAAAUGGGGGUUGGGUACUUUGUUUCCAUAGCUUUUCUAUGCCACAGACAGUAUCUUUGUUCUUGGAGAGUUCAUUAUUUUUUUAACAAGAAAGGAGUUUUUUGAAGGAUUCUGUCAUAUAUCUUUGAAAAAAAGAAUCAGUAAUACAUAUAUUUUUAUAUAUGUUAACUGGCAGUAAAAAAGGUUGGGGGAAGGAGUUUCACUCUGUCCUUUGGGUAGUUGCUGAAGUGAUUUUCCAGGUUGAGAAAUAAUGCGCUGAUGCUAGAAUCCCUCUCUGUUCAUACUCUACUUCUAUAUACAUAUAUGCAUAUAUAGCAAGAAAUAUUCUAUUUGUACUUCAAGAGAAAAUAGGUCCACCAUCCACAUGAUAUUGAUACUACACAAAUGAUCUUAUGGUAAGCAUCAAGUAGCUUCUGAGUGUUUGUUUCAUUAGGCACAGCACAGACAUGGCCUUGUCCUAUUUUCUUUCUUGAUACUGGGCAUGACUCAAAAGUACAAGCCACUCCCUCUGCUCCCUCUCAGUCUUGUGCUAGGGUUGCACUUCAUGAGACUCUCUUCAGACAGCUUAGUAACUAUCCCUGCAUGGUUCCUACAUGGCCCUGGGAAGACAAGAGGUUGAAUAUUAAUUAUUUUAUGCCAGUUGCCCAGGUGAGAGGACACUGGGCCCAAGGGGGUGACCUUCAUGCUCAACUAUAUGUAGGGGGUCAUGAGAAUCAGGAAUGCUAAAACACAAGAUCCAAUCCCAAGCUUAAAGUCAAAAUAAGCCAUUUAUCAUAUGCAAUAUCUUAUAAAAGGAAGUUUCUACCCUUGCUGCCUUUUAUAGGCAGGUCUGUUCUCACCACUAAUCUCUUUGAAAAUCUGUGAAAGCAGUUUAAAAAAAAUAAAGAGACCAAAAAAAAAAAAAAAGACAGUGCAUCACAUUAUGUAACCAAAGAUUACAUUGUAUCUGCUAAUUUACCAAAAUUUUUAAGGGCAGGGAGGGAGCAAACAUUAGUGCCUCUUUGGUAACCUAUCCAAAAACAGACUAAAGGACUUUGCUGGUGACUGACUUAUAAGAGUUUUGUGGGGUUUUCCUGUCCACAAUAUACAUGUUUAGAACAGUAAGAGAUAAUUUUGAAAAAUAAUGGGAUUCUGGGUCUUUCAGUAAGUGAUUUUUAUAAACAGAACUAGCUUUCCUUUUAUGUAGUAGUUGCUGAGCAAAUUCUUAAAGCUCCAUCAUUGAAUGGUUGGAAAUGGAGCUGUCUUGGCCACUGUGUUUGCUAGUUCUGAUGUUAGCUUAUCUGAAGAUGUGAAGCCCUUGCUGAGAAGGGAACGUUUAAAGGAUUAGAUUUUGCACUAGAGGGACAGCAGGCAGAAAUCCUCAUUUCUGCCCACUUUGAAUGGCACAAAAACUUUCUCUGCAGUUUAAGGCAGAAGGUUGAAAUAUAUUGUAAAUGAGUAUUUGUAUCCAUAUUUCAAAAUUGAAUUUUUUAUAUAUAUAUAUAUAUAUAUAUAUAUAUAUAUAUAUAUAUAUGUAUAUAUAAUGUGUUCUAAUAGCUUUACCUCUCUCUGCACCUUUAUAUUUGGUUCCAGGUCAUAUCUGAUACCAUGUACUUGUAAGAGAGGCCACAGCUACAUUUUAGAAGCUCUCUCAGAAUGGAAAAGACACCUGAGUUGAUCAGAUAACCAAGGGAGCUCUGUUCCUAUUGAGGCCUGACUCACAGCCUUGCAAAGGAGCAGAGAAGGGAAAAGGGUAGGGUACAUGAUGUGUUGCACUUUACUAGCCCAAGACAGAUGAAUGUGUAAAGGGUGGUGAAGUUCCAUUGAAACAGACUGGGAUUUACCAUAUGGAAGGCCCAUACUUGGGGCCAAAGGCCCACCCAAACGAUUAGCCAGUGGCCCCCUAAUGGGACCUGUGCAGCUGGAAGAAGAAAUGGUGUUCUUUGUUCUUCAUCAUCCCAGUGAGAAAAGGGCAGUUUCCUGCACUUGGGAACCUGGAGCAAGUGCUCCAUUUCAAACAAUUCACUCACCUGCGAUUGAGGUGCUCUUGCUACUGGGUGUCUAUGUGCUCUAAUUCUGAUUUUGGAUAUGUUCUGUAAAGAUUUUGACAAUGAAAAUGUGUUUCUAUUUGUUAAAAAAAUUAUCAGUGUACUAGAAGUAGUGUAUCUGUAGAUACAGGUCCAUCUCUGCCCACAGGUAGGGAUGUUUUUCUUCAGUUAAGAGAUUGACACUGGGGUCUGUUGCCCAGAGCCUCCCAAUCCUUAACCUUUUCUAGGUGAAGGCAGAAAAAUCCACAAUUAGUCACUCCUCUAAAAAGACUUCAGCUGAGGUAACAAACCAUUCAGAAUGUUCCCAUUCCAAAAAUAAGUGGUAAAUAUUUUAAUUUAACAGGUAGCGUUUUAAAUGGAGAAGGAAAUGGCAACCCACUCCAGUAUUUUUGCCUGGAGAAUCCCAGGAACAGAGGAGCCUGGUGGGCUGCCAUCUAUGGGAUCGCACAGAGUUGGACAUGACUGAAGCAACUUAGCAGCAGCAGCAGCAGUGUUUUAAAGGGAAAAGUAGCCUUUGACUCAUCUUUGAUUUUUCCCCAUUAGAUUUGGCCAUAAAAUAAAUGAUACACAUUGAUUGGUUUCCAACCUCAAUUCAGUUGAGCAAGAGUGUUGGUUCCUUUCUUUAUCCCACUUUUCUCUUAGCUUUUUAUGGAAUUAAACGAGAAGCUAUGGUCUGAGUAGCCCUUGUGGUUUAAAACAGUUUGCACAUGCAUUACUUUAAAAGGCUGUCACAUAGCUACAGAUUCCAUUGGCCACCAAUACUGGAACUCACAACCAAUCCCAAAGGAAAAGGAAUUCUGGAACGAUACUGCUUCUAUGCUGGUGCCCUCCUGGGCUAAUGCUUCACAUUUUGGAACUCUGUUCCUUGCACAGUAGAUAAACCAAGCCCACAGUCUCUCCCAGCUUUAGCCCCUUGGUGUUGUCCUACAGUGAUGUGCCUGUGGGGUUGUUCAAUCCCAUAAGCCACUCAGGUGCUGAGAGUACCCACCAUUGGGAUGACCCAAGCUACAAAAAUACUUUCUCCCACCACUCAUUGACACCUUUCUGCUUUUCCCUAGACUAGAGUAUUGAUUAGGGAGUGCCUCAGACAUGACUUUCUUGGGCUGUUCUCGAGAUUAAUUUAGCAGCAGAAGAGAGCAGACUAUGUAACCAGAUGUAAGAAUUUACUUUAUGCUGAGGGAAAAAUUUAAAAGAAAACAUCAUAUAAAGUUUUUGUUUUUUUUAAGAAACAUUCAUUUUGCUUGAAACGUCUUUCGACGGGGCUUCAGUUCUCACAACGACACUUGGCCUCCACUGGGCAGCAGAACCAGCCCCAGGCGCUAGUGUUCUAUUCUCUUUUUGUAAUCUUGGAAUCUUUUGUUGCUCUAAAUACAAUUAAAAAUGGCAGAAACUUGUUUGUUGGAA